GGCGCGCGUCCAGUAGUGCGGCUCAGGCAUGUCGGGCCCGGCCGCGGCGCGUGCGCGCUUUAACGUGCUCCACCUCGGCCCAGCCGUGCUACUUUUACUGGUCUACUAUUCACCUUCCAGCACAGCUGCGGUAUGUAAUCAGACAUUCUGCGACUGUGCGGGCUUGAAAGGGGAUCGUGGCGAUAUGGGACCGCCGGGCGUUCAGGGCCCCCAAGGGGAGUACGGUGACGAUGGCCCGGAGGGUCGUCUAGGCGCGCUCGGUGAACCCGGCGAUUGGGGUGAACGAGGAGACACCGGAGACAAAGGAGAACGAGGUCCUGAAGGGCCGUAUGGAUCGCGAGGCUACACAGGAUCGCAGGGUCCUUCGGGUUUGGAAGGUGUCAGGGGUCUUCCAGGUAUGGAUGGUUGCAGUGGUGUGGAUGGUGUUGAAGGUCCACCAGGUGUUGUCGGUCCUCCUGGAGAUAGAGGACUACCAGGGCCGUUUGGCGAAAAAGGCAUGCAAGGUUUGGCAGGAGAAGGAGGAUCGAACUCCAGAGGUGCAAAAGGGGAUCAAGGUGUUUUCGGAUACACUGGCCCGCCAGGCCAACCAGGGCCAAUGGGUUACAGAGGAGAUAGUGGGAGACCUGGCGAAGAAGGAGACCAGGGAUUACCCGGUUUUCGCGGAGAAAUUGGCUACAAAGGAGACCCCGGUGAGGAUGGUGAUUUGUUGCCAGGACAGAAAGGUGAACCAGGACCACCCGGUGAACCGGGAAAACUAAUACCAACCAUUUGGCCUACUGAUAAAUUCCAUGCAAAUAAGACGGUUAUCAUUAAGGGAGACAAAGGACUAAAAGGGUGGAUUGGCCCGCAAGGAGUUAAGGGAAUUAAAGGAGAAAGAGGAUCUAGGGGACCACCGGGACCAUUUGGACUUAACGGCCAACAAGGUUAUAAGGGCGUCCAAGGAGAAGAUGGUCCGAGAGGAAAACCAGGUCAUAGGGGUAGCAUUGGGCCUCCAGGCCUAAAGGGUGACAAGGGAGCUCCAGGAUAUGAAGGCCAAUCUGGAGAAGACGGUUUGGCAGGAAAUCCUGGGGAAGACGGACGACCUGGAACACCUGGAGUUCAAGGCCCAGAGGGAGAACCAGGCAUAUAUGACGAAACUUUAGAUGAACCUUUGUUACCUGGAAGUCCAGGACCUCAAGGUCCACUAGGUUUUCGAGGCCGUAAAGGAGCACCAGGUAUAGAUGGUUCACUUGGCUACCCUGGUCUAAUGGGACCACCAGGAUACCCCGGCAAGGUAGGCUUUCCUGGAAGGAUAGGAAAGCCAGGUACAUCACGAAAAGGAGAACCAGGUAGCGAUGGUUUUAAAGGAUUGCCUGGUCAACGAGGACCGAUGGGAAUACCUGGUAUUCAAGGUCCGCUGGGGCCAAAAGGGUUUCAAGGAUCUAGAGUAAUAGGUCCUAUUGGAGAGGAUGGUCAACCUGGUAUCAAUGGCUUCGAUGGUGCACGAGGUGACCGGGGCGACAUAGGUGAGCCGGGUCGAUCUGGAUUACCUGGUAAAGGUUUUGAAGGCACGGGGCUCCCAGGACUACCAGGUCCACCCGGGCGACCAGGAAAUCCUGGUGAACCUGGUACUUCUGGACAACCAGGUUUCCCUGGAGUAAAAGGCAAACGUGGUGAUGAUUGUCCAUAUUGUCAAUCAGGAUUUCCUGGACCUAUGGGUUCAAAGGGCGACAGUGGAUUCUCUGGUUUAAAAGGAUUCAGAGGAUAUGAGGGUUUACCUGGACCUAGAGGAAUAAAAGGAGUUGCAGGGACACCUGGCCAGAAAGGAAUCCCAGGCUUUAAAGGGAAUAAAGGUGCACAAGGAAUGCAAGGAAUUAUGGGAGUUAGGGGACGCGAUGGCGUACUGAAAAUGCCACCUUUACCGUUAACCACAGGGCCUCAUGGAGAUAAAGGUUUCCCUGGAUCCGCUGGAUUUCCCGGUGAUGCAGGUUGGCCUGGUUAUCCUGGCGACCUGGGUCGCCAAGGUAUGAGAGGGUAUAUGGGUGCAAUGGGCUUUCCGGGUCGACCGGGAAAUAACGGAAUACCUGGGCAAGAUGGAAUACCUGGACGAAAGGGAGAACCAGCUCAAGUCAAAAUACAGUUUUUAACUGGUCAAAAAGGAGAACCUGGUUUAAGAGGGCAGGUAGGCGAACCCGGUGAUGAUGGAUUCCAAGGAGAAAUAGGAGAAGCAUCGGAAAUUACAGCUAAACUCAUAAAAGGCGAAAAAGGCUAUCCUGGACGCGUAGGAGUAAAAGGGUAUAAAGGCAGUAAAGGCGAUAUUGGAGACACUGGCUUCAAUGGAUUCAAAGGCGUGCAGGGUGACAAAGGUAGAGACGGCCCCAGCGGGCCGCAGGGAGUUCCUGGAAUACAAGGGUUUGUCGGCGAAAAAGGUGAUAUGGGUCCAUACGGUGAACCAGGAAACCCAGGGCCACGAGGGAUCAAUGGCCUUCCAGCUUCAAAAGGGCAGAAAGGUUUUCGAGGCGAUAUCGCACCGCGUAAUUUACCUGGUGAGAAGGGUCGCGAUGGACUUCCCGGUGAACGUGGUAACGAAGGAGAACCCGGUUACUCUGGUACUCCGGGCCGAGCUGGACCUAUUGGAAAUAAAGGCGAAACAGGUCCACCUGGAGAUAUCGGAUUAAUGGGACCUGAAGGAUCACCGGGCCGUAAAGGUAUCUCUGGAGAUAGAAUACAAGGUGCCCCAGGAUUACCUGGUCGACCGGGGUUACCAGGUUCCAGAGGUAUACUUGGAGAACCAGGUCAACAGGGAAAAAAUGGAAUAUCUGGUGAUAUAGGACCGAAAGGAGCAAAGGGAGAAGCAGGCCGUGGAGGAGUACGGGGUUGGCCCGGCGCACCAGGGCCACCUGGAAAUAUAGGUUUUCGAGGAUUGAUGGGAAAACCAGGUUUGGCUGGAGAAAUUGGCCAACGAGGUGAACCUGGAGGUCCGGGAUAUCCUGGACGCACGGGAAAACCCGGGCCCCCUGGUUUACCAGGACUCAAAGGUAUCCGAGGAGAUCUUGGUUCACCCGGUAGACCUGGCUUCGACGGUAAGCCCGGUCCAAAAGGAGUAAUGGGUGCCUAUGGCUUUCCGGGCCCCAAAGGAUUCAAAGGUGAUGAUGCUUACAGCGGUAUGAAGGGUGAUUUGGGAGAACCAGGACUUCCGGGGUAUUCAGGGCGUCCUGGUUUUGACGGUCUCAAAGGAAAAAAGGGAGACAUCGGAGAUACAGGCGUAGCAAUCGGAGGAUAUGAAGGUAACAAAGGAGAGAAAGGUAAUCCUGGAGCACCUGGAAAAACUGGACUUCGAGGAGAUAAAGGAGACGCAGGCGAAUUCGGCCCCACGGGGGAAGCAGGUGAAAUCGGAGACGAUGGAUGGCCUGGCGCUUACGGCCGCCCUGGAAAACCUGGUUUUGAUGGAUUAAAAGGAAACAGAGGUAUAAUCGGACCGACAGGAAGACCGGGAAUUAAAGGUGACAGAGGAAUUGAUGGUGAACCUGGUCGCAUGGGUAUACCCGGGCUUCCUGGAGAUAUAGGGUAUGUAGGACCUGACGGUGAACGCGGACUACAGGGUGAAAAGGGAGUUAGAGGAGACCCUGGUCCAAAUUACUUUCACAGCGGAACAAAAGGUGAUAUGGGAGAUAUGGGUUUGACGGGAUCUCCUGGAGAGAAAGGAGAAAAAGGUUACUCUGGCUAUCCAGGUAUCAAGGGCAGAAAAGGCGAGCAAGGGGAUAUAGGUUUAAAAGGAGAGACCGGUGACGAUGGUCUGCCUGGUAUUAAAGGUCCCAUUGGUGAUAUAGGUCCUCCAGGAUUGCCUGGUUUAGAAGGCAUUAAUGCCGAAAAUGGUGAACCAGGCAAACCCGGCAUUGAUGGACUUCCCGGUUGGUAUGGACCUAUGGGACAAAAAGGCGCACCAGGCGAAUUCGGUCCUGAUGGACCUAAAGGCAUAAAAGGUCGCCCCGGCCUGAGUUUCCAAGGGUCAAAGGGUAUUAAAGGAAUGGAUGGUAGACCUGGUAAAAUGGGAUUCCCAGGCAUACCAGGUCGUCGUGGUAUGGAAGGAGCACCCGGAUUCCCUGGGGUCAAGGGUAAUGUCGGGAACCCAGGUUAUAGUAUUAGCCCCAAAGGUGAACGUGGUCAAGCGGGAUGGAUAGGAUUUGAAGGCGUUGUUGGUGAUAAGGGCGUGACUGGUAACUUUGGGAGAGAUGGUUAUCCUGGGUUACAAGGUGAACAAGGUCCCAUGGGUAUUAGAGGUGACCAAGGUCCAACGGGCAAUACUGGUUAUCCCGGUAACAAAGGUAUGAAAGGUGAUAAAGGAGAAAUGAUUAGUGCAACCGACUUACAUCCUGGACCUACCGGUUCAAUUGGCUUGCCAGGUUUUGAAGGAAUACCAGGUGUAGAUGGCAGGCCUGGUGAUUUCGGUCCAAAUGGUAUUCCCGGUUCCAAAGGUGUUAGAGGUGACGCGGGUUAUCCUGGCAACCCUGGACCUCCUGGUCGUCAAGGUUUACAAGGCCUAAAAGGUUUCCCAGGUGUAAGAGGAUUACAAGGACAAACGGGUGAAAAAGGAGUCCCUGGACCUGCGGCUCCAUCUGUAAUACCAAAAUCUAGAGGAUUCUAUUUCACCGUUCAUUCACAAACCAGAGCGGUUCCACAAUGUCCAAUAGGAACUUUGCCCCUUUGGGAGGGCUAUUCUCUGAUGCAUAUUGUAGCUAAUGCUAAAGCGCAUGGACAAGAUCUGGGUGCCCCAGGAAGUUGCCUUCGAAGAUUUUCUACUAUGCCAUAUAUGUUCUGCAAUUUGAAUGAUGUUUGUGAUUUCGCACAAAGAGAAGACUAUAGUUUCUGGCUGUCAACUCAAGAGCCUAUGCCCAUGGCAAUGACUCCUAUACAAUCAAGAGACGUUAGAAAUUACAUAUCUCGAUGCCAAGUAUGCGAAGCUGCGACGAGAACAAUAGCUAUUCACAGUCAGAGCAACUUUAUUCCGACAUGCCCAGACAAUUGGGAUCAGUUAUGGAUUGGGUAUAGUUUCUUAAUGCACACAGCAGGGACAGACGCCGCAGGGCAAAGUCUGAUAUCCCCGGGAUCGUGUUUGCGCGACUUCCGAUCACGACCAUGCAUCGAAUGCAAUGGACUUGGCCGCUGCAACUAUUUCGCAACUGCAGUAUCGUAUUGGCUAUCCACCGUUGACGACAAUAAGAUGUUUGAUAAACCUGACCAGCAGACGCUGAAAGUUGAUCAAGUAUCGAAAGUCAGCAGAUGUGCCGUAUGCAUGAGAAGACAAGUACAUAAUUUGCAACCGUAUCCGACAGGCAACUUAGGUAGAGUACCCCAAACGGUUCGCAGGCCAAACCCACGGCGGCCACGGCAGCGGACCCAUCGCAGGGGAUAUCGUCUUGUAGGUGACAAUCAAAGACAGUGAUACAAUUAAUGUGUGAUAUCUAGGCAUAGUGACUAUAAUACCUGCUUGCAUUAAAAUCCAUCUACAAACGUACAAUUAGAAACUUACUCCAUUAUUCUGUACUGUAUUUAGGCAUCUGUUCAUUAAUUAGGUAGCUGUUAAUAAUAGCGUUUACUGCAAUGAAGAGCUUUAGUACUUUGAUACUUACUUUGACACGAGUAACUUUUCGUAGAGUGUGUACGACAUAGAAUGUCUAUUUCGACGUGCGAAUGUAUGCUGAUGACGUAGAAUAUUAAACACUGCCACUGUUAAUAAUAUUAAAGCCUUAUAGUAAUU